GAGAUGCCCCAUUCGUGAUGGGAAAGAAAGGGUUCAUGGCAUGGUAGAACCCCUGCCGGUCAGCAAGUAUAUCAGGUCGUCUCCAUCUCGCACCACACAGCGUUCCAUUCCUUCUCUCUUCAUCCCCUCAUCUUCAUACCCACUCCGUCAUCAUGAAGGCCUCUAUCGCGUCCAUCUUCUUCGCCGGCCUGGCCACCAGCGCCGCAGCCCAGUCCAUCCAGGCUGCGGACUUCAAGAUCCAGGCCUCGGACUUCAAGGCCAACGAGCUCAAGGCCUCCAGCGCCCCCAAGGCUGUCGCCAUGUCCACCCUGCGUCAGCGCAAGGAGUCCCAGUUCUCCAAGGACAAGGCCGCUGGCAUGUACGACAUGGACCGCUACGAGGUCACCAGCGCCACCGAGUGCGUUGACGGCAAGGCGGGCGAGUACUCCUGCAACAACAUCGACCUGAAGGGCUUCAUCCGCCACCAGGACACCAACAGCCGCACCCGCGAGGGCAACGACCUCUGGGGGUGGACCUCUUCCUCUGGCCGCGAGUUCGCCCUCCUCGGUCAGUCGGACGGCACCGCCUUUGUCGAGGUCAACUCGGAUGGCAGCCUGACCUACGUCGGCCGUCUGCCUACACAGACUGUUGCGUCCUCGUGGCGUGACAUCAAGGUCAUCGGCAACUACGCCUACAUUGGCUCCGAGGCCCGUGACCACGGCAUGCAGAUCUUUGAUCUCCGCAAGCUGGAGAAGGCUGACAAGAAGAACCCGCCCACCUACAGCAUCUCCAAGGACUUGACGGCUCACUUCUCGGGCUUUGGCAGCAGCCACAACCUGGUCGCUAGCGAGGACCGGGACAUCAUUGCCGCUGUCGGCACCGAGGCCUCUCUCAAGUGCAACUCUGGCCUCUGGUUCGUCGACGUGUCGAACCCUUCGCGUCCCCAGGACGCCGGCUGCCUGUCUGAUGACGGCUAUGUGCACGAUGCGCAGAUGGUCAUCUACAACGGGCCGGAUCGUCGGUACCAAGGGAAGCAUGUGUCCUUCGGGUUCAACGAAGACGCCCUCGUGAUCAGCUUGAUCGACAGGCUCACCAUGCCAUCCCAGAUCUCCAGGACAACCUACAAUGGUGCUACAUACACCCACCAGGGUUGGGUGACCGAGGAUCACAAGUACUUGCUCCUGGACGACGAGCUGGACGAGCAAUAUAUGAACGGUCCCGCCGCCGACCAACGCACCACCACAUACGUUGUCGACAUCACCGACUUGUCCUAUCCUGUCUUCAGGGGUAUCUAUAAAAGUCCUUCAGUCAGCAUAGACCACAAUCAAUACAUUGUUGAUGGUCUGGCAUACCAGGCGAACUAUGGUUCUGGUCUACGGGUGGUCAACGUUACCUCGUUGGCCGAGGACGACACUGGUGCGCUGUUCGAGGAGACGGCCUUCUUUGAUGUGCGCCCCGAGGAUGAUGCCGUGGGCGGAGAGGCCACAUUCAACGGCGCCUGGUCGGUGUAUCCUUACUUCCAGUCUGGACAUAUUGUUGUCUCGUCGAUUGAGAGGGGUCUCUUUAGCUUGAAGCUGCAUGAGAAGAAGAAGAGCAAGUGUAAGAGGCAGCUACAUGUAUAAUUAGGAGAAUAUACUUUUGAU